CUCUUCGAUUUCCGGUUUGGUCGUGUGAAAAACGGGAUCCGACAAUCUACACAAAAAAACAGGAAAUACUCCAAUUAAAGAGAAAGGAAACAGCUGUGGGACCUUCCUUCGUAGGGAUUGUGUCAUGGCAACUGAUGUGGAAACAGCUUCACGGGAUGUGGACAUGAUCACGUGUGAUGUUUGCGGCGGUGACCAUGAAACAGAAGAGUGUCCAGAGAUCAAAGUCGAACAACUUGAUACCAGCAUCCAGAAGACAAUCUCUCGGGCUCGCUUGUCUCUGCCUAGUAACCUUGACAUUGUUGAGCAGCUCAAUGGGUGUAUCAGGGUCAUCAGUAAGGCAGUGAUCGCAGCCAAGACGAGGUUUGGCCCGCUAGAAGCCAAGAGGACUACACAGGAACUUGAUAUCCCCAAUGGGUUCAUGCUGCGGGUGUUUGGUCGUGGAAAUGCAUGCACAGUCAGUCUCGACACAUCCAAUGAAGAUGAAUGCAACUGGUUAUGUUUGGUACAGACGGCCAGGUCCCAGGUGGAGCAGAACUGCAUGGUGUUCCAGAUUGGCGCUGAUCUCUUCUACAAUACAACGCGUGAAAUCCAAAUUGGUGAGGAGCUCCGCGUUUGGUACGCACCACAUUAUGCGAAGAAGAUAGGGAUGAGCACGCUCCCUGAUCGGACUGUCAGAGCUCUUGUGUCGUUGAACAUUGCCAACUAUGAGGAAAAUCCGCCUGACAUUCAGAUGAUGGAGGACCAGGAGGAAGUGCGAGUGAUGUUUCUACCAGAGGAGCAGGUGACCCCCUUGAGGGGCAACAUGCAGCAGAUUCUACAAACGCCAGAGAAAACCAUUGUGGCUACGUUUGUCUCCACACCUGGGAGUGUGGCUUCACAUGCAGCUGGUAGUCCGUUCGGAACACCAGACCACCAGAUCAUCUCCACUGCGUCACCUGAACCUGGGACACCCAUACAAGAUGUUUACGAGGCUCCAAAGACAGCUGAUGUAUCGCCUACACCAGGGACCUCUCUCCUUGUUAACCCGGAUCAAGGCCAAAUGGUCGUCUUCAGCGAAAGCAUCUACGAUGGCAACAUGUUUAAAUGCCGGCGCUGCGACGCUUGGUUUGCUACAAGUCAAGAUUUAGCAAAACAUGUGCAGGCCCACUUGAAAUCGUACAAAUGUAAACUGUGUAAGCAACGCUUCUUCAAAAAGAUGGCCUUGAAUCGCCAUUUUAAACUGUUUCAUCGUCUGAACAAGGACACCGAGAUUGGCCAGAAGAUGCUGAGUUCGCCGCUUGACCAGUUGUCGCAAGAAUCAGAUGAGGAGCCGGAGCCAAGUAGCACUCAUCAUGUGGUCUUGGAUGGUUCAAAGACGACCUAUAUCGAAUUAGUCAAGUCGUCCCCAAAGAAACGACAAAGGAAGGGGAGCAAUGAUUCUAAUUAUACAGCGGAUGCUAGGCAGAUGUCUGACCGUCGACAUAAAUAUCAUACACGCGGCAAACAGACAAAUUUCAAAGCUUUGGCAGGCUUUAAUACGUACAAGGAUCGGAAGGAGCGUAGCUUGUCUGAGAUGAUAGUGGAGGAUGAUGUGUCUGAGAAGGGUGAUGUGGAGGUUCUGGUACAUGGAGAUGAAUCAGGGGUGCUGACGCAGGCUGAGGCAGAUGUCAUACAGACACUACUGAAUGCUACGGAGAUUGAUAGCAAUAAUACAGAGAAGAUGGAAACGGCAGCAGCAGUUGCGGGUGUAAGCUUUGAUACCCCGUCUGGGGAUGAUGAGGCCCUUGAGGGUGAUGAAGUUCCACCAACUGGUGCAGAGGACGAAGGAGGCGAGAAUGGUUUCGGAUCGGGGCACUCCUCCAAGAUGGAAGUUGUGAUGGAAUCCACAGUACGCCCCAGUUCUGGCGUUGGUUUCAUCAUGGAUGACGACAUAGAAAAAACAGAACGUUUAUUAACAAAGGGAAAACUUGAAGACCUUAUGUUCAAAGAGAAGUUUGAGGAUGGGCGAUACGCGUUGUACGAAACUCAAUCUGGUGUGCAAGCAUUCAAGUGUGGUUUCUGUGAGAUCUGCUGUACCAAGUUGGAAUCCAUCAAGGCGCACAUGGAAAAACAUGCUGAGAAGAAAUUCUGUGAGGAUUGUCGGAGGUUCUUUGACACACAGGAGCAACUGGAAAAACAUUUGUGUCGCUCGAGAAUAAAAAAUCUUAUGCCAAAUCCCGAUGGUUUUUUUUCUUGUCCAGACUGUGGGAAGCUGUUCAAAUCGCGUGAGAAUCUUGAACCGCAUUAUAUUGGCCAUUCCCAGAACUUCAACUGUCAGAAAUGUUUUCGUGUUUUCAUGCGAAAGGAGACUUUGGAAAAGCACACUUGUCUUGCUGAGAAAGACGCACCGUCUGCUCUGCAUCAUUGCGACAUAUGUGGCGCCACCUUUAGGAACAUGAAGUAUUUAUUCCGUCACAUGACUGGCCACACGCGGGAUUUGGUGUGCAAGAAAUGUGAGAAAUCGUUCUCUCGGAAACAAAGUUUGUUACAGCAUUUGAAUAAGUGUUACCCAGAACAGUUGAUAGAAAUGAAUGUCGAGAUUCACGCCUGUUCCAAAUGUUCAAAGGUUUUCAGUGAUGACGCAAAGCUCAAGAACCACAUGGUGUGGCAUGAAGGGAAAUACAGAUGUGAGGGCUGUGGCAAACAGUUCUCCACGCAGAUGACCUUGACAGGUCACGUAUGCGCCGGAAAGUCGCCAAGCAACAGCGAAGCAGAAGUGCAAGAUGAAGACAACAACCAAGUGGUGAAGUUUGAAUGUCGUGUCUGCCAGAAAGUUUUCACAAAGGAAGAACAUCUGGACCGCCAUAUGAUCACCCAUUCGGACAAAUUCAAAUGUAAAAUGUGCAAGAAAUCAUUCGGGCGGAAACUAGAUUUGGAGAUGCACGAGAUUGUUUGCCAAGCUCGCAUUUCGAUCCAAGAGAAAGGGUUUGUGAAGUGCACCGUUUGCGAUAGUGAGUUCUUCAACGUGAAUGAGUUUUUCAAGCACUCUUUGGAGCAUUCGACACCAUAUAAGUGUGGGAGCUGCCAGCGCCCCUAUAGGUCAAUGCACGCUCUAGAAGAGCAUACAAAAGUUUGUACGGGUGAGUGGUCCGACACCACAUGCCCAACAUGUGGGAAAGUCUUCCGCGAUGUCCGAUAUCUAGACCGUCAUAAACUCCUUCACACGAGACCGAAAUAUGAAUGUGAACACUGCCACAAGAUGUUCCAUCGAAAAGAUUACUAUGGGUACCAUAUGUGUAAACGGCCAGAUGGCACGGUUGUCCGCGUCAAACAUUCACACGCAGCGCAGAAUAAGUUCCCCGAGGAGGAUCCACAGCCUCACCUGUGUCCAACUUGUGGGAAAUCAUACGUCAGCGUCGGUAACCUCAACAAACACAUGAAACGUCACGGAGAGAAACAGUUCCAGUGCCCGACUUGUGCAAGACGAUUUCACCUCAAAGCCACCUUGAAGACACACAUGCAGUUUGUCCAUACAAAGAUAAAAGGUGCUCAGUGUCCUCACUGUGGCAAAAUGUUGAAGAGUAAGAAUACGGUAUUGGCACAUAUCAAGUAUUUCCAUCAUGAUAACGUGAUGAUUUAUACGUGCGAGACUUGUGGUAAGACUUUCCGUCAGAAAGGAAACUUGCUAAAGCAUCAGUUGGUGCACACGGAGGGGAGGACACUUCAGUGUCCGUAUUGUGAUCGGAUGUUCAAGUAUCCGGAACAGCUCGGGAAGCAUAAGUUGGAGCACGAGCAUGGCCGGAGAUAUGCGUGUCAAGACUGUGAGAAAACCUUUGUGAAGGAGUAUGAUUUGAGACAUCACAUCGAGGUGUUUCAUAGUGGCAUUAUGUACACCUGUGAGUUCUGUAACACGGAUUGUCGCCAUACACAUACUAUGAGGCGUCAUAUACGCCGGCGCCACCCAGAGAAAGUUCACGUCAUGGACCAGCCGGACUAUGUCAAGUCGUUGCAGCGUACGGUUAUGAAUCCAGACGGUACGAUCCGGACCAAUAUUCAUCAUACAAAGGCAUCAAGUACGGUUCAACCGGUUCAUCAGGUCACUGCAGAAGAAGUGACUGAUGUGAUUGAGAACAUCACUCAGACAGAAGAAGCAGUUCACUCGCUCCAGCAGAUUCAGACAAUUAACAUCGGCGGCACGGAGAUCCAAGUCAUCGAGGAAGAUCCAAAUAACCAGGAUGUCGCCGCCAUCAUUGAUAACGUCAUGUCGCAUGAGGCUGCGGAAGUGUUACAGAGUCUGGCGUCGAAUACGCAAGAUCCUGGUGUGAGUGUCGCAGCGUUUACAGACAUUCCUAAUUUCGCCGUGGAUGGAGCAGCAACUCAUGUGAUUCACCAUGAUGUGGAGACACAGGAGUACAUCCUCGUUCCCCUCAUUCAAGCUGAGAACAGUAUAAAUAACGUGACGGUGAAAUCUGAAUGAAGAGAUGCUAAAUGAUGCACACUAAAGGGGAGUUUCAGUUUGGCUAUGGGGUUUGAUGCUGAAGUGGGGAUAUUGGUUGUCUCGCCAAAUACCAGAUGGAGUUACCUGUUAGUCAAAACCAAGGCAUCACAAAUGCUAUUUGUGUCAUAACAGUCAGAGAGUAGAGACACAUGAUACUGCCAGUUGGUGAUUUCAUAUAAGUUAACUUUUCCCACCUAUUUCCUGCCUACAUUCACCCUUAAGUUGUCAAUUUCACACAAUGUCAAUAGCAUCCACGGUUCACGGUGGUUGUGUUGUCAAUAGCAUCCACGGUUCACGGUGGUUGCGUUGUCAAAAGCAUCCACGGUUCACGGUGGUUGUGUUGUCAAUAGCAUCCACGGUUCACGGUGGUUGCGUUGUCAAUAGCAUCCACGGUUCACGGUGGUUGCGUUGUCAAUAGCAUCCACGGUUCACGGUGGUUGUGUUGUCAAUAGCAUCCACGGUUCACGGUGGUUGCGUUGUCAAUAGCAUCCACGGUUCACGGUGGUUGUGUUGUCAAUAGCAUCCACGGUUCACGGUGGUUGCGUUGUCAAUAGCAUCCACGGUUCACGGUGGUUGUGUUGUCAAUAGCAUCCACGGUUCACGGUGGUUGUGUUGUCAAUAGCAUCCACGGUUCACGGUGGUUGCGUUGUCAAUAGCAUCCACGGUUCACGGUGGUUGCGUUGUCAAUAGCAUCCACGGUUCACGGUGGUUGUGUUGUCAAUAGCAUCCACGGUUCACGGUGGUUGCGUUGUCAAUAGCAUCCAUGGUUCACGGUGGUUGUGUUGUCAAUAGCAUCCACGGUUCACGGUGGUUGUGUUGGGUGCAGUGACUACUAUUUCAAGAAUAUUUGUUUAUAUGAUUCUUCUGUUGAAACACUAUGGGAGGUUGUGGUGUUGUUUAUGUUAUUGUUGUUGUUUAUGAUAUUGAAUGUGUUCAAGGCGAGUUUGCCUUUGUUUGUUUGUUCAGGUUUACUUCAACAGGUUGUGUGACAUGUUUUCAAAAAUUUAGGGUCUCAGCUAUUCACCCCCAUUUUCCUGUAUAAUGGGCUCUUCUUGUUAAUGCAUUGGAAGAAUCCAUUAUGGACAGAGGGAGUUCAAAAGCUAUCAGUAAAUAGUUUGAAAUGUUUGUCAUAUCAUCUGCAAGAGUUGAUAUAAUUACUUCAUGAGAAUAUGCAAAGUUUGUUCAGAAAAUGUUGGAAAUUUUACAUGUUUUUAAUAAGAGGGGUGCUGUCUUACGUAUUUGGGGUUGGGGGCUAUCCAGAAUAAAUUGGAAAUUUGCGCCAGAUAUGAGUUUGCCACGCGCAAAGCAUUAGUCCCGCCCCUGGCAAGUUUUAUAGUAUAGGUUGAAUGAUAUUGUACAGUGUACAGCAUAGGUUCAUGGUUCGGAGUUUGAUGAAAAUUACAAUGUAUUUGAAUAAAUAUUGAUUGUA